AUGAAACUAUUGGCAGCGACCGUCUCCCUGUUGACCGUGCCGGUGCUGGCCGGGAAAUACGCGGCCGGAACUGUGUGCAACACCAACACCGAGUGCGUCGAUCAUUGUCUCGAGGGUCGCUACACCAUCGUCUCUCACAACGGGGGCUUUGCUUUCGCCUGUGAUCCCAACUCUGCCGAUCCGGUUCAAUACUAUGUCGCCGUAUCCAAACCUGGUAUUUGGAAGGCCUACGCCCCCACUGCGACGCAGAAGACGCAAAUGGCCUGCGAUGCCAUGAAGGGCGCCAUGUGCAAUCACGUCUGUUUCCUGUCAGGCAAGAAGAGUCUGGAGGACGACAUGCGGUCGCAAUGGUACGACACCUGUCGCGAGAAUGGUGACCUCGAACCCAUGUUUGCCGUGUUCUCACGAGCCGAAGAUGCCAAACGUCGGAUGGACUGCAAACGGGAUAUCUUCUAA